AUGGAAAUAGAAAUAGGCAGAGAAGCAAUUAGAAGGGGAUCGUCGUAUGUGAAGCAGAUUGACGGGGUGUCAUUUGCAUUGCUACGCAAGUACUUUGCGGUGGACAAUGGAUUGAUUGGACGCAAGCUUGCACUGAUGUUUUUUCCGUUCAGGAAUGGCGAGUGGAGCAGCGAUACAGGAGAGGAGGUGCGACGUGCAGAGCUGUAUGUGCCUGUGAUGGGGUUUGUGUCGUAUGUUAUUGGAAGGGCGUUGCGAAUGGGGAUGAAUGGGACGUUUAGUGCAGAGCGUCUUGGACUUGUGGUGAGCAGGCUUGUGGUGAUUGAGGCGGUGUUUGUGGCGGCGAUUAAAGUAGCAGGGUAUUUUUUUGAGGUUGGACUUGGAGUGGCUGAGGUGGUAUCGUAUAGUGGAUAUAAGUAUGUGGUGGUGCUUGUGUGGUGGAUGAGUUUUGGAUAUGUGCGGUGGAUAGUUGGGAUGUAUGUGAGUGUGAGUUUUUUUGUGUUUUUAUCGAGGAGUGUGAAGAGCGGGAUGGGGCUUGUGGGACGAGAGCGGAAGGGACGAGUGUACUAUUUGUUUGGGAUGGUACUGGCGAUAGAGAUGAUGAUGUUUGUGCUAGCGAGGUGA